AUCUCAAACAGUUUGGUCAAUACAGAGAAUUCGGAUAUAAUGGCCCCAAGAGGACAGAUUGCUCUUUCGAGAAUCAACGACGAUGCCAAGAGAAAAGCAAGCUUAAGAAAAAGACAAGGAGGAAUACUGAAGAAGGUAAGCGAGCUUUCAAUAUUAUGUGGAGCUGAGGCUGCCGUUGUCAUGUAUAGCGCUGAUAAUAAUCAGUUCAAGGUCUGGCCAUCAGAAUCCGAAGCCAGAGCAACAAUCAAAAAAUUUAUGAGCUUACCGGAAGAAGUAAGAAAGAAGAAUUCACACACGGCUAGAAGCUUCUUGGAAGAAAAAUGUAGGAAAAAGAAGAACAAAGCUCUACGGCUGAUCAAGAUGAAUGAGGAAAAGUAUGUGGGAGCUCUUGUAGUAUCAAUUUAUAAUGGAAAAAGAAGGUUCGAAGAUAUUGACGUGGAGGAGAAGAAAAAAGUGAUCUCUGCUGUUGACAAAAAGAAAGAGGAACUCAUUGCGCAUAUUCAGAAGCUUAAGAGGAAGGAGCAACAAGCUCUUAAUUCACCUCAGGUUCUUCUUCCGGCUGUGAAUAUGCCACUGGGGAAACGAGGGAGAAAUGGCAUAAACAUAAAUGGUCUUAUGGCUGGAAGAGAUUUUAAUUCACCUGCAGCAGCCCAUGAAGAAUUGAUGAAUAUUAGUGCAAAAAGACGUGAAAUGACUAGAAGACUACAUGAACCGACAUAUCUUGGCGGUAUGAAUCAACGAGCUCCUCGUCAGCCUGAGGCUCUUUCUCGAGACGUGCAGAUGCCACCAUCAAUCCAAAUGGCAAAUGGUCUAGACAUGAAUUAUCUUGCCCGUGGUAGAAAUUUUACAUCGCCCGCAUCUUUAACUUAUGGCCAACUUAUGAAUUUUAGAGCAAACAGUCUCAGCAUGACCCAAAAUUUACAUGGGCUGACAAAUUUUAGCGGUCAACACCCUUUCACUUCUAAUUUAUCUAUGGAACAUCCUUCUCUGUCUACUGUGCCAGCAAACAGUCUCAACAUGACCCAGAGUUUACAUGGGCCAACUGUAUUCUCAGCAGGGAGUGUACCAAAUACGAGUAAUUAUAGUUUAAUUAGCCCAUGUACAAGGGUGCAUAUUGGAGAGGAGAACUUUGGAAUGAUGAAACAGCAUGCACAUCUUCCAUCUCUGCCACUUGAUUAUACACUUAUGAAUCAGUCAUCGAAUAGAUUCCAUAUGACAGACAUGCUAUCCGAACAGAUGAAUUUUGGUGAAAUGAUGCAACAAUGUCUUGACAAAAACAAAAACGAGUUAGCUAUUGCAAGUUUAAGAACAUUUAUAGAAGAUUGCGAGGCUGAGGGACUGAUUCAACGUGGACAUCCUCCACAGACUCUGGAACUGCCUCGUCGACUAGGAGUGCCCCCAACGCCUCAUAUCCAGCAUGAAGCAAGUAGUUCAAACAUGAUUGGGGAUGAAUGUGGCUGGAAUAUUGUUUCAAAUAUAGUUUCGACACCAGCAACUACAACACUUGACCAAAUUACCUAUGGAAGUGAUUUCAGGUGGAACGGGCUUCCAGCAUCUGCAGAGCUUGGACAGUUCAAUUUUGAUGAUGGUAUGCGCGAUGUAGGCUGGGUUGAUGAAGACACUGCAUUUGAAUUCGGAAAUGCACCUCCUAGUCAUAUGAUGGAACCUGCUCAGGAAUCCCUGAACUCCCUGAACUUCCAGAUGCCAUCUAGUUCUUAUUUAAAUUGACUGGCAAAGGCCGAUCUUUACUGUCAGUUUGUAUCUCAAUUUUGUCCUUGCAUUCACAUUUUACAAUGGACCUGGUUUUUCUAUGAUUUCAAGAUUUUUAAGUAUUUAUAAUAAACAUAUUACGCAUGCUUUGGCAUUGCGUUUAGUUAAACUUGACUAUGAGUUUGGAAGG